AGAGCGCGAGGCGCGCUGCUCGGUUCGGAGCAGGGUGAUUGACAACCGCCACGCCCCCCUCCCCCUCCUCCACCCCCAGCGCACUGAGACUCAGAUCGAUGAGAAGAGGCGGUGGUGUGGACCUUUGUGCAAGUUAACCUAAAAUGCGAGCGGUGAGCGCGGCCCAGAGACAUGAAUAGGAAGAAGGGAGACAAGGGGUUCGAGAGCCCGAGGCCCUAUAAAUUAACUCACCAGGUGGUCUGCAUAAAUAAUAUAAACUUUCAGAGGAAGUCUGUUAUAGGGUACGUGGAGCUGACCAUAUUCCCAUCACUUGCUAACCUCAAUAGAAUAAAACUGAACAGCAAGCAAUGCCGGAUUUACAGAGUAAGAGUAAAUGAUUUGGAAGCUGCUUUUAUUUACAAUGAUCCAACCUUAGAAGUCUGCCACCAUGAAUCAAAGCAGCGAAAUCUUAAUUAUUUUUCCAAUGCCUAUGCAGCAGCUGUUGGUGCAGUUGACCCAGACACAGGAAACGGAGAGCUGUGUAUCAAAGUUCCAUCUGAACUAUGGAAACACGUUGAUGAAAUGAAAGUCCUGAAGGUACAUAUAGAAUUUUCCUUGGACCAGCCAAAGGGAGGGCUUCAUUUUGUUGUGCCCAAUAUAGAAGGUAGCAUGGCUGAGCGAGGUGCACAUGUCUUCUCCUUUGGUUAUGAAAACUCUACGAGAUUUUGGUUCCCCUGUGUUGAUUCUUACUCUGAGCUUUGCACAUGGAAAUUGGAGUUUACGGUUGAUGCUGCCAUGGUGGCAGUUUCCAAUGGAGACUUGGUGGAAUCUGUUUAUACCCAUGAUAUGAGAAAAAAAACUUUUCACUACAUGUUAACUAUUCCAACUGCAGCACCAAACAUUUCGCUUGCUGUGGGUCCCUUUGAAAUACUGGUUGAUCCUUACAUGCAUGAGGUGACACAUUUCUGCUUACCUCAACUGUUACCACUUCUCAAACACACCACAUCCUUUCUUCAUGAGAUUUUUGAGUUUUAUGAAGAGAUUCUAACCUGCCGAUACCCCUAUGCCUAUUAUAAGACUGUAUUUGUUGAUGAAGCCUACGUAGAAGUAGCGUCAUAUGCAUCCAUGAGUAUUUUAAGCACAAACCUUCUGCACAGUGCCAUGAUUAUAGAUCAGACGCCACUUACCAGACGAUGUUUAGCACAAGCUUUGGCUCAGCAGUUUUUCGGCUGUUUCAUUUCCAGAAUGUCUUGGUCAGAUGAAUGGGUGCUGAAAGGAAUCUCUGGAUACAUUUAUGGCCUAUGGAUGAAAAAAACCUUUGGUGUUAAUGAAUACAGACACUGGAUCAAAGAGGAGCUGGACAAAAUAGUGGAUUAUGAAUUGAGAACCGGUGGAGUUUUGCUGCAUCCCAUAUUUACAGGGGUGAAAGAGAAAGAAACUCCUGCUCCACACUUGCAUUUUUCAAUUCGUCAUCCUCACACGUUGUCCUGGAAGUAUUACAAAAUGUUUCAGUGUAAAGCCCACCUGGUGAUGCGGCUCAUUGAAAACCGGAUCAGCAUGGAGUUCAUGCUUCAGGUCUUCAACAAGCUGUUGAGUUUGGCCAGUACUGCUUCAUCGCAGAAGUUUCAGUCGCACAUGUGGAGCCAGAUGCUACUUUCGACAACUGGAUUUUUAAAAUCGAUUUCAAAUGUGUCUGGAAAAGAUAUUCAGCCUUUAAUAAAGCAGUGGGUUGAUCAGAGUGGUGUUGUGAAGUUCUUUGGCAGCUUUGCAUUUAAUAGGAAAAGAAACAUCUUGGAGCUGGAACUAAAGCAAGAUUAUACUUCUUUGGGAACCCAGAAAUAUGUGGGGCCACUGAAAGUGACAGUACAGGAACUAGAUGGAUCGUUUAACCACACACUACAAAUUGAAGAAAACAGCCUCAAACAUGAUAUUCCCUGCCAUUCCAAAAGCAGACGGAAUAAGAAAAAGAAGAUUCCGCUGUUGAAUGGCGAAGAAGUGGACAUGGAUCUUUCUGCAAUGGAUGCAGAUUCUCCUUUACUGUGGAUAAGGAUAGAUCCAGACAUGUCUGUUUUGAGAAAGGUGGAAUUUGAGCAGGCUGAUUUCAUGUGGCAGUACCAGCUCCGUUUUGAGAGGGAUGUGGUUGCACAGGAAGAAUCAAUUCACGCUUUAGAGAAGUUUCCUACUCCAGCAUCUCGGCUAGCACUAACAGAUAUCUUGGAACAAGAACAGUGCUUUUACAAAGUUAGAAUGCAUGCCUGCUUCCGCCUAGCAAAGAUUGCAAAUGCCAUGGUGAACACUUGGACAGGUCCUCCAGCCAUGAAAUCACUCUUUACACGAAUGUUCUGCUGUAAGAGUUGCUCAAAUAUUGUUAAGACCAACAAUUUCAUGAACUUUCAAAGCUAUUUUCUCCAGAAGACUAUGCCUGUUGCUAUGGCAUUGCUACGGGAUAUCCAUAACCAGUGUCCCAAGGAAGUAUUGGCCUUUAUUUUGGACCUCAUUAAAUAUAAUGACAACAGAAAGAAUAAGUUUUCAGACAACUAUUAUCGUGCUGAACUUAUAGAUGCACUUGCAAACUCAGUGACACCUGCAAUUAGCAUCAAUAAUGAGGUUCGAACAUUGGACAACCUCAAUCCUGAUGUUCGUCUAAUUCUGGAAGAGAUCACCAGAUUUCUAAAUAUGGAGAAACUACUACCGAGUUACAGAAAUACAAUAACUGUCAGCUGUCUGAAAGCUAUUCGGGUGCUACAGAAGAAUGGUCAUAUUCCUAGUGAUCCAUCGCUUUUCAAAUCGUAUGCAGAAUAUGGACACUUCGUUGAUGUUCGCAUUGCAGCUUUGGAAGCAGUUGUGGAUUAUACGCAAGUGGACAGGAGCACUGAAGAAUUGCAGUGGCUGCUGGAUCUUGUUCAGAAUGAUGCUGUACCCUAUAUAAGGCAUAAAGUUUUGAGUAUGCUCAAUAAAAACCCCCCUUUCACCAAGAAUGCAGACUCUCCACUGUGCAAUGAGGCCCUGGUGGACCAGCUCUGGAAACUAAUGAACUCAGGAACUUCCCAUGACUGGCGACUUCGCUGUGAUGCUGUGGAUGUGUACUACACCUUGUUUGGCCUCAGCAGACCUUCUUGCCUUCCUCUACCAGAGCUAGGUCUCGUCCUCAACUUAAAGGAAAAGAAGACGGUGCUAAAUCCUAUUAUUAUCCCUGAGACAGGAGCAAGUGGACAAGAGACUCUAAGCAGUGCAAGCGUGCAUGGAUUAAUGUCUGGCUUCCAGAUUAAUGAAGAGGAACAUCUUGCCAAGGACACAAUGUGCACUGGGUCUGGAGCUCAGCAGGGCAUAAAGAGAAAAGCUGAGACCCCACUUGGUUCCCCACUGGAACCUGGGCAAGUUCUGGAGAAGGAUGAAGAUAACAAGGUUAAACUUAAAAUCAAAUUUUCUAAUUCUCAAGAAGAUGAAGAGAUUGACAUGGAUUCUGUUCACGAUAGUCAGGCUUUUAUUUAUCACCAGCUGAAUAUACUUGAACGACCAUCCACUCCAGGAAAAGAAACACCAGCCAUAGAAAAUGCCAUGAUUUCUAUGCCAGCUGCUCCACUUGCUCCACUUGGCAAAGAGUCCAGCUCAUCGAGACAUGGGGAUCACCACCAUCACCACCAUCAUGAACACAAGAAAAAGAAGAAAAAACAUAAACACAAACAUAAACAUAAACACAAACAUGAUGGGAAAGACAAAGAAAAAGACAUGUUUGCUUUUACCAGCAGCCCAGCUAGUGGGCGGUCUCUAAACUCUCCAUCGAUUUCAGACUAAAUUAUAUGGUGAACCAUCUAAGCAGCUCAGUAUAUCACACAUUUUUAAGAGUAAUGGAGUGAAUGUGAAGCAAGAAAGCCUAUUUCUGUCCCAUUUUUGCCAAAUUGUAGUUCUCUGAGCAAGCAACCAAAACUCUUAAACAAUAACGUUUAAUCUACAUAUACAAAUGGAAUACAAGCCUCAUUCCACUUGUUCCAUAUGUUUAGCUGACUUAAAUUCUCAGCUACUGGUUUCUGCAAACUGACAUUUCUUUUGAAACUGUUUAAAAUCAACUUCCCCAACCCCUCCAAAUACUCUACGUAUGCAUGUCUUUGCAACACAUCUGCUGGCCUAGCAGGAUCCUUUAUAUCCCACUGUAUCCCCUUUUGUACCUGUUCAAUCUUUGAAGUUGGGAAUUAGGGGAGAGCAAUAGUUGUUCACAGUAAAAGCUUGUAUAUAAUGAAUGUAACCAAAAGUUAUCAUGCAGUCCAGAAAAAGUUAGAGCCUAAAAAUCUUGAGGGCCUGCCACGCCAGUGCAAUGUAGGCCUCUUGGGUGAGAGUACAGCUGAACCCUAUGGAGGACAUAAUGGGUGGAAUGCCUGGAAUGGUCCCGGACUUCCGAAAUUUGCAAACUUGAUGUAGAGCAUGGGUGGGGUGGGAAGUGGGGCAGAACUAGAAAAAGAGGGGAGGCAUGGAGUGGAAUCCUGGUGGACCCAGGUUGUAUUUCUUUUUCUGAUUCCCCGUAGAAUAAUGUGUCCAGUUCUAUAAUGCGGCCUUUUGAAUUUCUGGGCUGUUAAGUUGUCAUUGCCCUCUAGUGUUAUAAAGGGACACCUAAUGGCCCAUCCUCUCCAUGAGUUGGUUGAAAGUUGUUUUAAAAACGUUUACAGGUUGCUGCCAGCUUAUUUUGUCUUUAGUUGGUAGUUAUAUAUAAUUACAAAUUUCAUUUGUGAUAUCCUGUUAACUAAUGAUGGCACUGAUUCUUUUAGUUGCACCAAAGGACUUCUGGUACAAGGCAUUUUAAAAGAAAAAGAUUGUUCGUAUUGCAUUUACUCUGGUUUUAUAUGAACACUGGUCGAUGUAAUAACAUUUUGUGUCAUUAGUUAUUAUAGUGUCUGUUGUGAAAGUAAGUCAGUUUUCUCUUUCCUGAUUGUUAAAAUGUCUUUCCUUCCUAAUUGCUCAAGUGCCUUUUCUUUCUCUUCCUUAGGUUUGUGAUUUUCUCAUUUAUAAUUAUUUUUAACAUUUGUUAUUCAUGAAUCAUUUUGCACAAACCUUUCUUGUAAAUUUAAAUUUUAUCUUCAAUCAUAUUUCUCAAAAAUGUCCCUCAAUCAUAGCACAGUGAAAAUACUGCCUAAUCACAUCACAGCAAAAAGAAUUCUCCCAUGCUACAGCCAUAGCAAUAGUUUCUCACCUACCUACUGUUGUAUUUUUUCUGUCCCUUUAAAACUAUAAAAGCCACAAAUCCAAGUUUACCUGACUUGUACAAUAGAAAUAAACAAGACACAUUGCAAGGCUCUCUGUCAGGGCAUUAAAUUCCCUCUGGCCUUCAACUUGACUACCAGGCUAGCCUGUAAUUCCCAAACAUCUGGAGCUACGAGUUCUAGCUUGCACUGUGCCAACUCAACAGAUGUGUGCUAAAACUGAAUAGGCUGUAGAGUUAGGGAGCUACAAUAGCAGUGAUUUAAAUUUCUGCUAGCUCCUUAAUUCAGGAUUGUCAGAAUAUCAGUUACUCGAAAUGGGCUCUAGUCUAGACUACACAUGAGUAACCACAGGAGAUCUAAUAGAUUAAAAGUAUUUUUCAUUUUGUAUAUCCUUAUUGACUUAGUGUAUUUUAAUAUAGCUGAUAAUAGAAUUGCUUAAUUUCUGCGUUAUAAUGUUUUUACACAACUCUGCUAAUUUAGGUCUAGAUUUACUUAGUGCAUUUAAAAUACUACGGAACAGUGGGUUUCUAUUUAUCUCUGCACUAAAGGUAUUUUCCAGGUAGACCUAGGAAAGGCAGAAGCUACAACCUUUUACAGGUUUCUGCUUGGCAAAAUACCUAAUUUUGUAAUCAUUUCCUUGUACAGAGAGAUUUUGGAAAUGUUAAUAAACUAGAAGAUUCAGUGUAUAAUUUUAAGAAAUUAGUACAUUUAUCUGGUAAAUUACUAUACAGCUGUUUUUGUGAUGGGUGUUAAAACUCAUGCAAGAAAUGUAAUUAAUCUGAGUUUUUAAAAGUUUAACUAUGUUUUUCAUAAUUCUGCCUAUAGAAGUAGGGCAUACAGGUUGUGAAUUUUAUUUUGAAAAUGUAUGUACUUUCCAGUUUAUAAUUCUGAUAUAAUGCGCCUAUAAAAAUCACCAAGUAUUAUUUCUAAACUAGUUAUUUAAAAAAAAAUGGAUUUUUGGUGCAACAUUUUUUCAUGUUCUUUGUGUAGUAUUGAAUUCUAAUUGAUAAUGAGUGCAAAACUAAUUUAAAAGUAGAGGACAUCAAUGUAACAGAUAUCUAAUCUGAUAGAAUACAAGUUUACAGACAGAUUAUUCUGUAAUAGUUUGUCACCAAGGAUUAAAACCUUGUUACUUUUUUUUUUGCUGUAUUUGUAUACUCUAACCUGAAAAAUAUCUGAGUUGGAAAGUAUUGUUUAAAAGACCUUGUAAGCUUUAGAAAAAUGUGCCCUCCAUCAAUUUGCCUUUGACAUUGAACUGCUAAAUCUUCAGGUUUCAAAAUUUGUCCCAUAUUUAUUUACGGCAUAAGGCCGUAUUAGUUCGAAACUAUUACAUUCUGGGCUGGUACCAGAUCUUAGAAUGGCACAUAAAGUUGCACAUUUAUUGAAAAAGAAAUACUGUGACAAAAAUAAAAGCGUAAGAUUUAGCAUGGCUCUUCCCAUCAUGAUACAUGAUCACAUGCAUGCUUUGGUUUAUUUUGAUGCAACUGAUUUUAGUUUUACCUCAGCCAAGUGCUCAAAGGAUGGGUCAAUCGAAAUACAAACAUUUUGUGGAUUUCUUCAAACAUGUGUUUGGCAGUUUUAUUUUUUAAAAUAAAAAAAUGUAGUUAUUUAAA